GUGUGCGGAGGCUAGAGGAGGAGGGGGGUGAAUAUAGAGGAAUGAUGUUGGGGUGUGGGUGAAUGGUGAUGCAGAAGUGACGACAGGGAGGAACCAUUUUUUUCUUUUUUUGAAUUGAGAGAGGAACCACUUUAUGGAAACGGAGGGGCAAGCAAGAGAGGGGAGGGAGAAUAUGUAUAUAAAAGCAUUACGGAACCAAUGAAGAGGAAGGGAGGAGUGAGAAUGUGGUUUGACUGAAAUUAAGAAUCGGAUGCGGCCAUCUCAAUUCUCACGCGUCAUACAUAUGCAGCUCCCUCCUUAGCUAUACCUACUUCUUCAACGUUGCCAUCAUUCAGUAUUAUUUAUAAGACGAGACGCGAUGCGAUGCGGCCUUUGCUGGAUCGCUGCUCAUGUCAUGGCUAAACUCAAGAGGGUGUGUGUUUUCUGCGGAAGCAGACCUGGCAACAGAAACAUAUUUAGUGACGCUGCCCUCCAUCUCGCUACACACCUCGUUGAGAGGCGGAUGGAUUUGGUGUAUGGAGGAAGCAGUACUGGAUUAAUGGGUGUGGUUUCCCGGACAGCACACCAAGGCGGCUGUUCUGUGGUAGGAAUCAUCCCGGCUGCACUCGUUCCUGCUGAGAUAUCAGGGCAUGCAGCGGGACAAGUGUUGGUUGUUUCGAGUAUGCACGAAAGGAAGGCCGAGAUGGCUCGUCGAGCAGAUUGCUUCAUUGCACUCCCCGGAGGAUACGGAACCAUGGAAGAGAUGCUGGAAAUCAUAACCUGGUCUCAGCUCGGCAUCCAUAACAAACCAGUUGGGAUCUUAAACGUGGACGGCUACUACGAUUGCCUGCUUGCAUUGUUCGACAAAGGAGUUGAGGAGGGAUUCAUCAAACCCGCCGCCAGGAAUAUCGUCAUAUCUGCAACCACCCCGGAGGAGCUGCUCCGCAAGAUGGAGGAAUACACACCCGUGCAUGAACAGGUGGCACCGCAUGAGAGCUGGAGCAAAAAUGAAAGUACAGAUUCACAGUAAUUUGUAUUUUUGAAUA